CUCAAAGGGUGUGAGCAUUUCUCCGUCCCGGAGGGAGAGUGCUGCCCCGUGUGUGAGAGAUUCGCCAGCGCUCGUGGACGGAUCGAGAUAAUGGCACUCAAGGGUGAAAAAGGAGAACCAGGAGAUAUUCCUCAUAUUGUGGGACUGCCUGGUCGACCGGGACCAAUGGGAGCUCCUGGGCCAUCGGGACGUGCAGGAUAUCGUGGCUUUAAAGGAAGAAAAGGCGUGGCAGGUCCACCUGGGUUUGAUGGGAUACCAGGUGUGCCAGGUAUGCCCGGAAAGCCUGGUCCUCAAGGACAAGCUGCAUUACCAGGGAGUCAGUUUGCAUCUCAGAUGGCUUCAGGCUUCCAUGAUGCGAAAAUGGGAAUGUCUGCAAUUGUCUCCGGGCCACCUGGCGAAGCAGGCCCAAGAGGACACCCAGGACCAUCAGGUCCACCCGGCCCUAUGGGAGCACAGGGCACCCCUGGAGAAGCAGGUGAUCCAGGAUCCAUGGGACCUCAUGGACCAAGGGGUCCAGACGGUCCUAUAGGAAAACCUGGUCAAGAUGGUGAACCGGGAGAACCAGGAAAGAAAGGAGAAGAUGGAUUCCCAGGAUCAGCAGGGGCUAGGGGCUUCCCAGGCUUACCAGGUCAACCAGGAAUGAAAGGUCACAGGGGAUAUGCAGGUCCACAUGGCGCGAAGGGAGAGCGAGGUGUUGUCGGUUCAAAGGGUGCAUCAGGUGUUCCUGGGUCAAUGGGGCUUGUCGGUCCACAGGGUCCACCUGGAUUGCCUGGCGAAAGAGGUCGGAUCGGACCUAGCGGACCAGCGGGAAAACGUGGAAUGGCAGGAAAUACUGGACAACCAGGCCCAUUGGGUACCAUAGGAAUCCCAGGAGCUCCAGGUUUUCCAGGCAAUCCAGGCAUGAAGGGUGAAGCAGGACCCACGGGCCCUCGAGGCACCAGUGGUGCUCAGGGACCCAGAGGGGACUCAGGAAGAGUAGGCUUACCUGGACCUCAGGGCAAACAGGGUCCAGCAGGCAUGGACGGUGCUCCUGGACAUAAAGGGCCAUCAGGGACACCCGGUGUGCAAGGUCCGGUCGGACUGAUUGGUCAGCCUGGACCACCUGGACCUCAGGGAAAGACAGGACCUGCUGGGGCCAAAGGUCAAGUGGGUGAAGCAGGCAUCCCUGGACUCAAAGGAGAGCCUGGAAUUAAAGGAGAAGUGGGGCAACCUGGAGCUCAAGGAGAGAUGGGUCCGAUGGGAGAGGAAGGGAAACGGGGGCCCAGAGGAGAUCUGGGAUCUGUAGGGCUGCCCGGUCCUCCUGGAGAGACAGGAGCUCCAGGUCUUCGAGGCUUUCCGGGUGCUGACGGGUUACCUGGACAAAAGGGUGCUGUAGGUGAGCGUGGCACUCCAGGCUCGUCCGGAGUUAAAGGUGCUGGCGGUGAUCCUGGCCGUCCUGGAGAACCAGGCCUUCCGGGUGCAAGGGGUCUGAGUGGUGUUGCUGGACCUGAUGGACCAGAAGGGAAAAUUGGACCUCAGGGAGCACCGGGAGAUGACGGUGGUCCUGGACCUGCUGGAUCAAACGGAGGCAAAGGCCCACCAGGAUCUAUGGGUCUGCCAGGCCCGAAAGGCUUCAGUGGCGAUGCAGGAAAAGCAGGAGAAGCCGGAACCCCGGGAGCAACAGGACAAAGAGGUCGUAAUGGAAAAGAUGGCGAGGAAGGACCUGCAGGCCCUGCUGGACCACCUGGUCCAGCAGGAAAAAGAGGUGAGCAGGGUCCUCCUGGUCUGAUAGGCUUUCAGGGUUUACCUGGGCCCGCAGGUCCACCUGGAGAGCCAGGAAAGCCAGGUGAUGAGGGCGUCAAUGGUGAAGAAGGUGCUGCUGGUCAGACUGGACCACGAGGUGAGCGUGGAAGCCCAGGAGAGAGAGGACCACUAGGACCUAAUGGCCUUCCUGGGUCUAAAGGCAGUCUUGGGGCACCAGGACCUGAUGGACCUAAGGGUAGUUCAGGACCAGCAGGGAAGGGCGGAGAACCAGGCCCACCUGGACUUCAGGGAAUGCCAGGAGAGAGAGGGACAUCAGGUGCCAGUGGACCUAAAGGAGACCGUGGUGCAAUAGGUGAGAUAGGAGCUGAGGGAGCAGCUGGAAAUGAUGGUGCUCGGGGUCUUCCUGGACCCACUGGACCUACUGGACCAGCUGGAACACACGGAGAAAAAGGAGAGACCGGACCCAGAGGACCUCCUGGACCACCAGGUUCUAGAGCAGCGCCUGGUUCUCCUGGUCCGCCUGGUCCUCCUGGCUCAGUUGGAUUUGCUGGUGCUCCUGGGCCUGAUGGUCAACCUGGUGUGAAAGGAGAAAUCGGAGAACCAGGUGGAAAGGGUGAAGCAGGGGCUCCUGGUCCUCAGGGAAUGGCAGGAAAACCUGGAGCUCAGGGAACUUCUGGUGUAACUGGACUGAAAGGCGCCAGGGGGAGUCAGGGAGCUGCUGGUUCCAGUGGUUUCCCAGGACCUGCAGGAGGUGUUGGCCCGCCAGGCUCUGCUGGUCCAACUGGAGAGCCUGGUCCACAAGGACCCCCAGGAAAGAAGGGUGAACCCGGAAUACAUGGAGAAUCAGGAGGCCCAGGACGUCAAGGCGAGCGUGGAAACGUAGGACCAGCUGGAAGCCCUGGAGAUAAAGGCGAUUCUGGGGAAGAUGGACCACCGGGCCCUGAUGGACCUCCAGGACCUGCUGGAUUGUCAGGCCAGAGAGGGCUGGUGGGUCUACCUGGUAUGAGAGGAGAGCGUGGACUGAUGGGCCUUCCUGGACCUGCUGGUCUACCUGGAAAACCCGGCACCAAAGGCCCUCAGGGGGUAAAAGGUGGUAUAGGCCCUGUUGGAUUACCUGGACUUCUUGGGGAUAGAGGAGAGGCUGGCUCACAGGGUCCUGCAGGUGCAGAUGGAGGUCCUGGAACUGAUGGCACUCGUGGAGUCAAAGGAGAUAGGGGAGACUCAGGUGCUGAGGGUCUAGCUGGACCUCAGGGAACCCCAGGAACACCUGGACCAGUAGGAGCUUCUGGAGGUCCUGGAUUGAGAGGGGCAAAAGGUGCAAGCGGUCCAGCGGGUCCAGUCGGCCAGCCAGGAGUCAGAGGAAAACAGGGACCUCAAGGGCCACAAGGAGACAAAGGAGAGAAAGGGGUCGCUGGUGAGAGGGGUCAGAAAGGUCACCGUGGCUUUACUGGACUUCAAGGCCUCCCAGGAACAGCUGGAGCGACAGGAGACGCUGGUGAGAGAGGAAUUGUCGGACCGAGUGGUCAAAGAGGACCUCCUGGACCUGUUGGACCUGCAGGUAAAGAAGGUGAGAUGGGUACUCCUGGACCCAGUGGGUCUCCUGGAUCUCGAGGCAGCCCUGGAGAUAUCGGACCAGAGGGCCCUCACGGAGAACCUGGUCUUCCAGGCCCGCCUGGUCCUCCUGGACCUCCCACUGCUGUAGAGGAUGACUUUGAUAAAAACCCAGACUACGACGGCACAUUUGAUCCUCCAGAUAAUCCCCUUCCAGAGUACAACAAGGAUGAGGCAAUACCCGUUAACAGCUCUGGUGCCGUUCACGUGGACAGCAGUGUCCAUGCCUCACUGAAGGCUCUGGGCAGUCAGCUGGACAGCAUGAAAAACACAGACGGGAGCCGCCAUCACCCGGCACGCACCUGCCAGGACAUCAAGCAGUGCUACCCGAUGAAGAAAAGCGGUGAGUACUGGGUGGACCCUAACGAGGGAAGUCUGAAGGACGCAAUCAAGGUGUACUGUAACAUGGAGACGGGGGAGACAUGCGUGUCUGCAAACCCGCCCAGCAUCCCACGCAAGAGCUGGUGGAGUUCUCUCUCCAGCACGCCGAAACCUGUGUGGUUUGGAGCCACCAUGAACAGAGGAAUGAAGUUUACAUACGGGGACAAAGAGGAUUCACCGAACACGGUGGCCGUGCAGCUGCGUCUCCUGCGUCUGCUCUCUAAAGAGGCGGUACAGACGCUCACUUACCACUGCAAGAACAGCGUCGCUUACAGAGACGACAAGAACAACAACCUGAAGAAAGCUGCUGUAUUAAAGGGCGCGGACGGGACGGACAUCAAAGCGUAUGGACACAACCGGCUCAAGUACACGGUCACUGAGGACGGCUGCUCGAAAUCCAGCAGUGAGUGGAGCAAGACCGUGUUUGAGUAUCGCACACAGAAGCCCUCAAAGCUCCCGAUCGUGGACAUGGCACCGGUGGACGUGGGCGGAGCCGAGCAGGAGUUUGGCAUCGACAUAGGCCCUGUGUGCUUCUCAUGAAGCGUGCAACCAAAGUGACCCUGUGAUCCUUCAGAUAGCUGCUGAUGCUGAACAGCAAGCCAAAAAAAUGUAAAAAUCAACACUCACAGUUAAGACUUCAGGUCUGCGCCGAUGCAGUAUUUAUUUUUCAAGACAGUUCAGAAGUGACGAGCAUGAUGAGCCACCAUGAUGAGCAGCGCCCCCCCACCCCCACCCAGCCAUUUUUGAUCUUUUAAUCAAAUGAGGAAUUCCACUAGCCUGGGGUGUAUUAAUAUAUUACAGACUGUGUGAACCUUUUAAUUUAUAAUCCAUGUGCCCCGGGCACUGCUGUGUAUAUCAUAUCAAUAAAAUAAGUAGUAUUUUUAAUGGAAAAGCACACACACGCUGUUUUAGAUUGCAUUUACACGCUGUCUAGAUUUUUUUUUAUCAUUAUCAUAAUUAUUAUUUUAUGUGGACCAAAUUCCAGUUUUGGUUGGUGCUUUGUAAACUAAUUUAAUGAUCAAAAUGUUUUGAAUACAUUUAUAUAAAGUGGCCAUGCCUAAAGAGUUCUUUUUUUUUUGUUGUUGAAUUGAAAAGCAAAAACUGCAAAUUUAGUCCUCUGUGUACACUUUAUAUGCGCUACCUCUCCAGAGAUGGUGUUUCUGUCAAUCCGGGACCAUUUUACUGCUAAUUCAUUAAUACACCUUAACAUUAAGAUUAAUUAGUGACCAUACAGUGUCUCAUUAAAGAAUGAUAAGAAUUAUUGUAUUCAUUUUGUGAUGUAAUCAUUUAUAUAAAUGCAUGUCUUUCCUUGCUGACAUCAUUUUUUAAAAAAAACAACUUUCUAAUUAUCUUCAUCCAAUGAUGAAAAGGUCUGAAGUGUUUCCUUAAAAAAAAGAAUGAAAACAUGAAAAGCAGCUUUAAUAGAGAAGAAUACAGACAAAACGUCUAUGAAGAAAUGUCAAACAGCUGUAUUGUUCAGUGAGUUGUCCUUUAUUUUCCAAAUGUAAUAUUAUUAAACAGUCAUAAAGCAAAUAUUAGAUGUUCUACAUAAAUGCAG